ACUCUACUCUGGUUUUAUUUUAUUUUUUUUAAUGGAAAAAUUGUUUUAAAUAAGUCAACCUUUGCGUGGUCUUCCAAUUUCAAGUCUAACUUUUGAUUAUUUCUGUUCAAGUUCACCUUACAUUAGUAUUAACUAUAAUUAAGGUUUAUGACUAUUUAACCUGGAAAUGCAGGUUGUAUCCGGUAAUUAUGCUGACGUGUCCAUGACCGUUGGGUUUAAUUUUUUUUCUUCUUCUUUUUAACUCCUUCUACCUCCUUUCUCCCUUCCCUCCUUCAACUGGACAUUUUCUCUCUCCGAUUUUUUUUCUUUCUUCUUCAUUUCUCCAUUUUCUCCGGUUUUCCAUUUUCUUCAGCCCUCUAUUUCUUCUCCUCUGUCUUCCUUUUUUUUCCUCGAAAUUAUGUCAGGAAGGAAGCAAGCUUCCUUUGGCUCAGGAUGCUCCUCCAAUUCAAGGAGGGUUAAAUGCAAGUGUGGGAACAAUGCAGUGGUGCGAACAGUGAAGAAUGGGCCUAAUGUUGGUUCCAGAUUCUAUGGUUGUCCUUUAUGGCCAGAUACUAAAUGUGAAAUGUUCAAAAUCAUUGAUGAUAGCACUGCCCAUGAAGAUCUUCAAUUUCAGAUUUUUGAGAAGGAUACUAACAUAGCUGAGCUGGAGGUUGUUCAGACAUUUAAGGACAAUAAAAUCAUGAAAUUGCAAACAAAGAAGCAUAGCUUGGAAUUAGAAAUUUCUGCAUUGAAGAAAGAAAAUGCUCAAUUGCGUUGUAACUUGGUGCAAAGUGCCACAAAUGAGAAGAAUCUGAAAUUUGCUCUCAUUGUGUUGUGCUUGUUAUUUUGUAUUUUUACUACCUUAAGUAGAGGUUGGUGGAUGGAUGAAUGUACUUUGUAUUAUUGUGCUGACUUUGGAUGGUAUUAA